UGGAGUCGCCAUGGACUACAACUACAACUACAACUAUAGCAGCAGCUACAACAACAACAACAAAAACAACAACAACGAAAACAGCAUAGAACAGGAUACGGCGCACCAGGAGCAUCAGCAUCAGCAUCAGCAGCGGCAACAAAUGCAGGCAGCAGACAGGAUAGCGGCGGGCACCAGCUCUAGCUCUGGCCUCAGCGGGAACACGUCCACAUCCGCAUCUACAUCCACAUCCACAUCCAAGACGAGAGCAGGAACAACGUCGUUAAUCUAUUUACCGCCUUUCUGCUAUCCAUGUAAGCAUGUGCCUGCGGCCGGCAGCCAGUGUCGGAGUCAGACCCAUAGCCGUAGCCAUUGCCAGACGAGGAGCGAUAGCAGGAGGAGCUGCCACGGCAGCUGCUGUUGUCAGCAUUACUGGGAAUAUAAAAAUUAUGAUAAACAUGCUUCAGCGUCGGGUUUGACACCAGCUACAGAUACAGACACAGCCUCAGCCACAGCCAGAACCACAGCAACGGGAACGGCAACAAUGUCCUCCUUCUCUGCACCGUCACCGACAAGAACCGGGAAAUUCCUCCAGCAGGAGGAGCACCAUGGUUGCACCGAUCUCAGACAGACGUUGCAAUUAGUUGUGCCAACUGUUGUGGGUGGUGGCAGCAGAGCCCUGGAAUGUGGCAAGCACAGGCAGCUGGAACCCGCGGCGGCGGCGGCAGCGACGGCGUCGGACCAGCGAUGCUGGCGACGUGAGCGAAUGCGACGCGAAAGACCAAGUCAUGCGUCUGCAGCCACACUGGCCAAGGUAAAUCCAAUCAGCAGAGCAGCAGCAACAACAUUGAGGGAAUACAAUUCGCAAGCAACGACCAGCACAGAGGUGGCCACGGUGCCACGGUGGGCCACAACUGGCGCAGAGCUGCCGCACGAUGAAGACGCCGCAGCAGGAGCGGCAGCGGCAGCAUCUACUCCUGCUGAUGAUGAUGAUGAUAAGGAGGAGCAGGCUAAGGAGGAGAAUGACUAUGAGUAUGAUGAAUGUAGGUGCUUUAACUAUAACGGUGAUAUUAGUCUGGAGCGAGAGAAGGAACAACAGCAGCAGCAGCAGAAUGGAGAGCCCCAGCAACUUGCCAGCGGCAGCGGCAGCGGCAGCAGCAUUACGUGGCUGAUAUUCCUGUGGCAGCAGCUGGUCUUGCAAGCAAACAAAGCCUCAUCCGACUCGCGCACCCACUCCAAGUGGGCCGCCAGGACAACGACGAGGAGCAACAGCAUGACAUCGACAAAAAGUUGGCUUGGCCCGCUGCUAAUGCUGGUGCUGGCCACGUCCGUCAGUGGCUGGGGCGGCCGACAAGAUGCUCCCACAAAUUGCACAUUUCCGGCUCGAUGGGAGGGAUCCUGGUUCCUGUCCGGCUAUCAGCAGUCGAUACACAUCAAGGGAUCGCAGUUCAGCUACCGCGGCAGGUGUACGGCCUACGAUGGUAACAAAUAUCUGAUUGUCGAUGAGAAAGGAUGUCAUCGUUGCCUGGUAAUCUAUGAGAAGCAUACGAAUGUGCUCCAGUAUAAAGAAAGUGAGUGCGAAGGUGAUAGUAUGUAUAUGCAUCAGUCGAACCCAUCUGCACUGGCGAUGCGUAGCUCUAAUAAACAAAGUGAUCAUAGGGGGGGAGCUCAUCCCAAUACGAACGGGCAUUCAAGACUAUCAUCAUCGGAUCAGUACAUAAUGAGAUCCAAUGACGAUAUGAAUGAUUGUCCCCCAGACUUUUGCAAGGGCCGUGAGACUUUACAGAAUCUCUGCGACCAAAUACCGGGCGAUGCCCUGCUGUACUCCCUCUUCCGGGAGAGCGCCGAGCCGGUCAAGUGUCCGCUCAAGGGACCCUUCAUAUUCACAUACAACCGGGGCCAUGGGGAGUGCAAGUCGCCAGUGUCCAACAUUGAGAGCUGCACGGAGGAGAGUCGCCUCCUGCUGAGCUUCCAGGCCUGUCCCGAUGUCCUCGGGACCGAGAGUACAGUUGAGGAACUGACGUGUCUGGCGACCUGGAAGGAUGGCAACUCACGCUAUUUGGUUGGCCUGGUCUCGCACCAUCAUGCCAUCUCGAACGAGGAACGAUAUCGCUGCUUUGUCUAUGAGAAAAUCUCCGCGCUGAUGGGUAAUGGCGGUCCCAGCAUGCUCAGCUCAAAGGAUGCCGAGUAUAAGCUGGCACAAUCCGGCGACGCCACUUGCAAUGGCUUAGACAGUGCCGAGGUUGGCUCCCGCAUCAUGUCCCUGCGAAAACCGCCGGUGGCGGAGCGCUGUGACUUCCCAGCCUGGUUCAAGGGUCCCCGUCACUGGCAUGCACUUAUGGGUUAUGCCGUCUACAAUUAUCACCCCAAUGAUGGGUCCGUGCACAUUAUUAAACCCAACGGCUAUAUGGAGACACGUGCGCUCUGCGAGCAGAUAAAUAAACAGACCUCAACCGAAAUGAUGGCCGUGGUGCAUUACACGACCGGGUGUCAAUCAGGAUUCAUGUGCAUGAUGUUCUACCGCCGGGACACGCACGUCAUUGAAAUACAGACGGGCAAGCCGGCCGUUCGCCUGGAGGAUGCCUGUGCACCGGAUCACUUUGAUAUUAAUAAGAUGGCCUACAUUACCUUGCUGGCAAGCAAUCCGGAACCGGCGAUUUGCCCAAUGGAGGGACUGUACAACCUGCGCGGCGCCAUCGGGCCGCCGUAUUUGGCCACGCGCCACAAGCGCAAUCACAACGGCAAAUCGCACCUGGGACACGGACAUCAUCACCACGAGAGUGCAGACGCGGGAACUUUUGGUCAUAAAGGACGCAGCACGCUCAGCUUUCGGAAUGCCGAACACAUGGAGCGUGGCUCCUGGCAUGCCAAUACUCGCGGUCUUCCCGUACGCAGUCGACGCAGUGCACCCCAGGAUCCGCAGCAGCAGCAGGCGCUUGUACUGGGCAACGUGAAUAGCAACGACACGAGUGUGGGAUUUGUGGCCACGCGGAAUCGGCGCGAUGUCCCGGGCUGUGUGCCUAACUACAAUGCCCAACGGCAGCUUUGGGUAGGAUGCAGUAAACCCAACUCGAUCGACGUUAGUCCGCUGUGCAGUGUGGAGGGUGAAGAGGAGUACUCCUGUCACGGCUCCUGGAGCGAGAAUAGUACGUUCUUCAUCAUAGCACGCCACAAGGGCAGCAAGCACGGCGUCUGUCUAACCUAUCGGCCAACGGAGGGCACCUCAGCCAAGUUGGUUGUAGGCGAUGCCUGCUACCGAGGCACACAGAAGCCACCCGAUCACCAUUUGGUGGCCAAUCUGUCAGUCUUUGGCAAAUGCGGCGAAACGGGCUCGAGUGCAGGUGAUGCUCAGCUGGGCAACUGGCUCCUGCUGCUGACAAUGGCCACGCUGCAAUGGCUCUACCUGCGCAGCUGAGUUGCAAGCGGUGGCAAACAACAAACUGCACCACAAUUCUAAAUAAGCACAUAAGCAUUACAGGCCACAGCGCUGUGUAUGCAUUUACUAAAACCCCAAAACCAAAUCCCAUUAUGAUCGACAUGUAUACAAGACACAUUUAAGACUUAUUGUAUAUUUCAUGUAGUAUGUGUAAGGCGUAAUCGAACCACUCCCAGACUCCAGACUGGUUUGGCUGUAAAUAAUGUAUUGUUUUUAUUUUUCUUUACUGAUGAACACACACUUUUGUUUAGUUCUAAGUGCUUAAAAUAAACAAGAAUCCGAUAUAGUAAGGGGCACACAUACCCACAAUAUGAAAAUUGAAAAUGGUUUGCAAUAAAGCCUUAGAUCAGCGCUAUUUGUAUUAGGGCUAGUAGAACGCGUCUAUUACUAAGAGUAGCGCAAGGUUCAUAUAUGUAACUAUUAAUGCAAGUAUGUAUGUAGCAAAUGCUAUUUAUUUAUUGUACGAUUAUCCACUAAGCAGAGCAAAGACACAGCAACGAGAAGGAGAACACGAAACAAACCAUAGAAAUGACAUCAGACAGUAGAACUAAACGAAUACAAGCUAAAAGCUUCUUCGUUCUGUUUUCUUUUUAGCCAUCUCGUAGUUUGUUUUGUGGCACAUACAUAUUUUUAUAUAUAAUUUCCGAAAUGUUUCCUACAACAAAGUACAUACAUACAUACAAAUCACAGGACGAAUGCAACAUUUUAAACUAUAUACAAGAAUUAUGAGAUGCAUUCAAAGGAAAUGCGAAAACCGAAAACCAUUUUCGCGAAAUGUACAAAACAAGAAGAGAUGGGAUGUUGGCUCAUUCGAGAUAGGUGUUGUGCUGCCGUUGUGGCAGUGGCAUACAGGCAGGCAGGCAGGCAUGUAAAUGCACAUACAUAUACAAUAUAUUUUUAUGUACAAAUGAAGCAAAAUCGUACAUACAUACCAUACGAGUAUAUAUAAUGAUGAAUAACGUUUUGCAUAGGAUCGCAUUGGUUUCAUAACAUAAUUAAUACCUUGCAAAGUACGCAUAUAUUGAUAUUGUAUGAUUCAUUAUAAUAGUACUAUACAUAUAAUCGGGAGUACAUAGGAGUACAUACAUAGGCGUUUAAGAACUGUGAGGAAUUCGAGCAACUUUGAUAAGUAGAGGCACACCACUUUCAUAAUCAAUCAACUAACUUCGUAAGACACAAAACAAAACAAAAACACAACAGACAACUCUACCAAACAGAACAAAGACAGACAAGUGAAUCAGCAGCUAGGGAUGCUAAAAUAAUUAGAGUGUUUAAGACAAUUAAGCGGUGAUAUAGGUCUAGAAUAAACAACUGUGUAAAUCUCUUAUGAAAGCACAAGAAAAGAACAGAACAGAAUAGAGCAGAGCAGAACAGAUGCAUGCAGCAGUAAUGGAAACAACAGCUACUAAAGCGGACGAGUGGCGGAGGAGAAUUAAUGAUGAUGAUGAACUGUAUCCAAAGGAUUUCAAAAACUAGCAUUUUUUCUUUUCCAUUAGCAGUACACGAGCGCAUGCAUUUGCCCAAUAUCCGAAACCUAAGCGAACGAGUAAACGCGUAAACAAUUAACGAGUAAGAAGAGAACGUAAGCAGAGCAGAGCGAUAGAGGAGAGGUGAGGACAGUAGAGACCCUUCAAGGCAACUAGUCAAAAUUUACGAAGCGUAACUUUGAGUUCCAUGUAAAUAGCGAAUGUUAUGCGAAUUGAGAAUUGAGCAACGGUGGCGUACGCGGUGUACGAGUAUGUAUACAUAUGUAUGUAUGUAACUAAAUGCUAGUUAGCUAAAAGGAUUGUGGCAAGAGAUCAGAAACACUUGGUAGACAGCGACAGCGACCCAGCCGUGGCGCUAGGACAGGCACAGCGGGCGGGCGUACAGAACAUAAGAGUUACUUUCUAAGAACUAUGUAUACAUUCAACAAACAUCUAUAUAAAAUUACGAAAAUAACAUUGUAAACUCGAGCAGCAGAGCAGACACAAAGUGGGAAAAUACUAGAGAACACGAAGAAAAAAAAUCAUGACCGGAAACGGCAAUGGCAGCAGCAUCCAGUCAACUCCUUAUAGAGAUAGAGAUGGCCAGACAAAUCAGACAUCGUAAUGUACAAAAUGUACAAUGAUCGGCCGGAGUGCACGGCAGUAGUUAGCAGCAGCGCAGCAGCUGAGCCCGAGCAGCGGACUCUUGAAUAUUUUUUGAGUGUACCUCUCUUUAAAUAGGCAUUUCAAUUUGUUGUCAGCUUUUAAAAAGUAAAUACGAGCAUAUUAAAUAAUAUUGAAUGCAUUUUAAACAAGUAAAAACAGAAACCACAUAAAUCAAGCGGAACAUUGAGUAAUCCUUCAAGUCGAAGUACAGUUUUAACGCCCAUCCUCCUGUCUCCAUCAGCCAGCACACGAAUUCCAGCUGGUUGGCGCUUUACUGGUUUAUUUUGCAAUUGUUAAGCUGAAACACUUUACCAUCCCGACGCCCAACCUCCCAAUGUAAGAUCCAGACCCAGAUCCAAUUCCAACUCCAGCUCCAGCCUUAGUUGUUUUCUUGUGUCAUUGUCAGAACUUUAACGUGUUAUUAAUGUUCCAAACGGUCUCCACAAAUGUAUUCGAAUGUUUCUAAAAACUGCUAAAUA